UUAAGUUCAUGCAGCCCAAAUCACAAAACCUAAGCGGGCGUCCUUUCAACUAUUCCUUUCGCUUCAGAGUUCCUUUCAUUUCCAGAAGACUUCCCCAAAUCCAAAACAAAAAGCCUAAAACCCUAACCCCUCGAGCAGAAACAAAGCAAUGGCGUUGAUGCAACAGUUGGGACGGACCAAGAAUGUGACCAGAAGGUCCAAGAAGUACUUGGAAGAGGCACUUUACCACAGGCUUUUUAAGGACGGCAGCUCGGAAAUCAGCGUGCGGCAGCAGCUGAAUCAGUUCCUCAAGAGCUCCAAGCGCGUCUACAAAUGGGAAGUUGACGACACUCUCAAGAAGCUUCGCCAUCGCAAGCUCUAUUACCCUGCUCUCAAGCUCUCUGAAACAAUGGUGACUAAGUGGGGCAUGAAUAAGACGGUUAGCGAUCAGGCUAUCCAUCUUGAUUUGGUUGCCAAAGCUCGAGGGAUUCCUGCUGCAGAAAAUUACUUUAUUGACCUUCCUGAAGCAUUGAAGAACCAUCUCACUUAUGGUGCCCUUCUCAACUGUUACUGUAAGGAAUUGAUGACUGAAAAAGCAGAAGCUCUAAUGGAAAAGAUGAAGGAACUUAACCUUCCGUUAGGCUCCAUGUCUUACAACAGUCUCAUGACUCUAUACACAAAAAUUGGCCAGCCGGAAAGGGUCCCAGACAUUAUACGGGAAAUGAAGUCGUGUGGUAUCAUGCCAGAUUCCUAUACAUACAAUGUUUGGAUGAGGGCUCUGGCUGCUAUGAAUGAUAUUUCUGCGUUUGAAAGAGUUAUUGAGGAAAUGAAGAGAGAUGCUGGAGAUGAUGAUGAUUGGACAACAUAUAGCAAUAUAGCAUCUGUUUAUGUUGAUGCUGGCUUGUUUAAAAAGGCAGAAGAGGCACUUAAGGAAUUGGAAAAGAGAAAUUCCCGCAGAGACCUUUCUGCUUUCCUUUUUCUAAUUACAUUGUAUGGCCGAGUGGGAAAUUUGCUUGAAGUUUAUCGAAUAUGGCGUUCAUUGAGGCUGUCUUUUCACAAAACAGCCAAUGUAAGCUUUCUGAAUAUGAUUCAGGUACUAGUUAACUUGAAAGAUUUACCAGGAGCAGAGAAAUGCUUUAGAGAAUGGGAAUCGGGUUGCUCUACUUAUGAUAUCCGGAUUGCAAAUGCCUUAAUUGGAGCUUAUGCCAAGGAGGGUUUGCUAGAGAAAGCUCAAGAGCUGAAGGAGAGGGCUCGCAAGAGAGGGGUGAAGCCUAAUGCCAAAACUUGGGAGAUCUUUUUGGAUUAUUAUUUGAAAAAUGGGGACAUCAAACUGGCAGUUGAUUGUGUGGCCAAUGCAAUAUCUACUGGCAGAGGAGAUGGUGGAAAGUGGGUGCCAUCAUCUAAAACUAUUGGGACAGUGAUGUGGCACUUUGAGCAAGAGAAAGAUGUUGAUGGGGCUGAAGGUUUUCUGGAGAUUUUGAAGAAAGCUGUAGAUCGUGUAGGAGAGGAAGUGUUUGAAUCAUUGAUCAGAACUUAUGCAGCUGCUGGAAGGACAAGUCCUGUGAUGCGUCGCUGUUUGAAGAUGGAAAAGGUGGAAGUGAGUGAGGCAAGUAAGAAAUUGCUUGAGGUGAUUUCUGUGGAGUGAGUUUUCUCAAUUUUGUUGUGUUCUGAAAUUUCAAUUCAUGGUGAAAUGAUAUUGAAUAGCAUUAAUUAUCUGUUUUUUUUUUUAAUAAAAUGCAAUUGGUAAUUAUCAUGUUGAACCAAUACAUAGUAAUACAGUAUACUCCAUCCAAGAAUGCUCCUUUCAUUUAGGUUUUUUGUUUUGUUUGAGAAAAGGCGUGUUGACUUAUAAGUUAUGUUAUCAGAUAGGAUCUAUUUGUUCAUCUCUGUAGUUACAGGCAAUGUGUAACAGAAUUUUAGAUUCACUAUGGCCACAUGGCAGUUGAGUUGUAAUAGAUUAGGAGACCAUAUAAUGUACUUUCUUGUAAUGUUUAUUUAGACUAUUAGGUUCAAUUAUGUGUGUCCUGCCAAAUGCUACUGCCAACGAGGGUGCACUUCAAGUUGCAGUUCUACACUGGCUAGGAUCAUCCCUAGAUUUCGUGAAAUAACUAGGGGUGUGAUGAAUGGAGCUGUCUAAGCCCAAGGUUAUAUUGUCUGGCAGGGCAUUGUGUUACGUGCAUUACUGUCAAAAUGGUUGUCCCUCAACGAUGUCCUAUGUAGCAGUUUCUAUUUCUCACAGGGUCCAUGACAUUCAGCUUCUUUGCUUGGCGUUCAUUAUUGAAGAUUUUAUAACCCGUGACCCGACCGUCACUGCAAGAUCAGUCAAAAUAGAUAAAUGGGUUGACGCAAUAGAAACUGCAUGCAAAUGUACUUCAGCCAAUUGGUGCGUGUUGUGGCACUGCUCUUGGGCUGUGAGUAGCUGGUCCUUACCAAGAGCGUCUUAAAGCUGCCAUGCCGUCCUGUCUUCUAGCCCCUGUUGGAUUAUAGCAAAAAGUGGUUAUGCUUGUUCUGGUGGGAAGUGCUGAGGAUGUAUAUUGGGUCCAUGACUGGCAUGAUGCUCAAUUUUAUCUUGGACCACCAAAAGUGCUGCUGCAAAAAGGCAGAAGCUUCCUUCUUAGAAUCUUAAUUGUCUAGUGGAUGAGUAAAGUUUUUAAAGCCAUCCCUUCAAAAUGACAAUUUGUUUCAAUAUUCCAACCAUCUUGCACAUUGAUUUAGCUUGGGAGAUAAUGGGAUGGGGCUAAAUUGGAUCUUUAAGCCCGAACUUUAUAAACCACUUAGUAGCCUUGGCCACGAAGCUCAGGCAGCUGGCAUUUCAGAAUUCAGAUC